AUGUUAAAGUCACAGCGACUGGUGUCCGGUCCUAAGAAUAAGCAUGCAGAGCGUCUAAUCAAGCGCAUCCACAGCAUUGUGGACGAACUGAGCUCGCUAUAUCAGAUCGGGAUUAAAGUAAAGCUCAUGCACCGUGAUGAUAACAUGACCGCCCCGCUAGAGGGCCCGAAGAGUGGAUUUUGCAAUUUGGCCUUGAACUGGACUUGGACCGAAGAAUUCGUCUAG